AUGCUGGGCCAACUCGUGGGAUCCGCCAUGCUUUUGGCCGCCACUGCUAUCUUUCUCUACUAUACGGCCUGGACCCUAUUGAUGCCCUUUGUCGACCCCGGCCAUCCCCUCCACGAGCUGUUCCCGCCGCCCGUCUGGGCCAUCCGCAUCCCCGUUAUCCUGAUCCUGCUGGCCUCUGCCGUGGUGGGCACCUUCAUCGGCAUUGUGAUGAUCAAUAGCAACAAGAAGAAGGCUGCCAAGGCCAAGGCGGCGAAGAAGAAGACCUGA